AUGGCAGAGGAGGAUGAGGCUGCCCUGAAGCCAAACCGCGCAAACGCCGAGGACGAGUUUCUUCGUCAUCCUGGUACUGGUGCCUUCUACAGGAAUCCCCUUCGCGAGAAGGCUGACAAACCGAUCCUGAUGUCUCUGGGCGAGUACGAGUUCAACUGUUUGGACGAUGCCUUGAACUCUUGGCACUGUGUGAGCAUGCCAGAAUCCAUGUUCCGGAAGACUGUGCUCGGGAAGGCCGCACAAGAUCCUGCCUCCUCGAUGGACGCCAAGCAGAAAGCGGCCUUGCGGCGGCUGGACCGCGUCACUGGUUCGUAUGAGUACGUCGUCACAGUGCGAAAGUCGCAGUUUGUUCCUCCGCGGGGCCAUCGCCGCCACGCCGGGCCAGUUCACCCCCAGGCCGUUCAGCUUGAGAAGUUGGUGCUGGACGUGGUGCCAGAGAUGGAAGGAUACAGGCUGCGAGUGGAGUACGUUGGAGAUGGUCUGGUUGCUGCAUGGAACCGAGCCAACCCAUGCUUUGCUGUGCGUCCGGGAGACUACAUUGUCAAGGUGGAUGGAAAGCGAGUGCCUCUUCAAGAGGCGAUUUACUCCGCCGAGGAUGUAGUGAAGCUGACGAUGCAGCGGGUGACAAAUCGAUCGGCUUCGAAAGCAAGCGUGUACACUGCGGAUCAGGAGAUGACGCUCCCGGGAGAGACGGGCAACUGA